AUGGCUGACGACACCGAUCCGCGCUUCCUUAUCCAUCAGACAACACACAUGUACUUGGGUGAACCCAUUCACUUCCAGGCAGUGCAAAUGAACAAGUCGCUCUUUGUUUGGGCGGGAAAGCAGCAAGCCAACAUGAAGGAUCUCUCCAUUGCCAUGCCUGCUUUUGGCAGCCAAGCCAAUCCAGCAGUGACCACCGUACUUGGACAAGAUGUCUCUGAACAAAGUCGCAAUAUUGGCAGAAGAUUGGCCUCCAAGUAUGGGAUGCAGUUUUUUGUAUCGUUGGAUAUUGGUAGUCAGGAUGAAAUGUUGAUUGCAUUUACGGAAAAGAAGUUGUCAGAAUUCAUAAAGGGGUUGUUGACUUGA